UCCCUGGGGAGUUUUUUUAGUAGCGGAUGGAACAAAUGAUUCUGUAUGGGUCUGAAGAAGGUUCCCCUCAUGUUCCCCUCAUCAGGUGGCGCUCUCACUACAGGAAAACCAAACAAAGCACACUCCACACUCCAACCAAAAGCUAGUCAAUUAACAGCCUCUGGGCUGGAUCCAGCUACCCAGUUUUUUUUCCACUGACCUUUUGAUUGGUUCUGGACAUGUAAUUAUUAUUAUAAUUUUUGUAGGCUCCUUUUGGGCCUGUUUAACACGUUAAUCAUAGAUGAAUGAAUGAUAAUGUGAUACUGUUUGCCUCUUUCUCGUUUGAAAAAGACAGUUUUACCUUCAUGUCAUUUCAGAUUUUAACCCGUUUGUGCUUGGAAUUCUAGCUGCUGUCGCCAUUAGUUACCAGUAAUUCUCCAGCCACUACACAGUAACAUUAUGCAUUUUACCGCUGUUCAAGUCCAGCUCUCACCCCCCACCCCCACAUCAUUGCUCGUUCUUUGCCAACUGCUCCCAUCCGGCCUGCCUGGGUGACGUGGUUCUUUCGGUGACUCCUGGGACCAGCAAAAAGCGGCUCCUUUGACUUACGGUUCGGUCAGGCAGGUGCAAGAAGUUGAGGUGGGGUGGGAAACGGAGCGCCUGGGCUCCACAUGUGCAGGGAGGCUGUGAAAAGCAGCGGGGAGCAAAAAGCGGAGGAUCUGCUGUGCUGUCUGCACCAGAACUGCCGGGACGAGGAGCGGACAGGACUAGGACCUACUAGACGGUGAGGAAUUGGAGGAAAAGUGGAAAGCCAUGCCUCGACUGUGUACAGUGCCGCUGGUGUGCAUGCUUCUCCUGGGACUCCUCUGCCUUGCGGUGGCGGACCAGAGCACUUCAGAUGAACAAGUCGAAGUACUGGCGGCCCGCGAGAAGCGCGACCUGCCGAACUGGGCCCUGACAUCCUCGGACUUCUUCGGCUGGGUGGAGAACCUGCGUGCCCACGCCGGCUAUGACAAGAUGGAGGAUCUGGCCAGAACCUUCUGGGCGCACUUUCCCUCUGCCAGCCACAUGGGCUACGAGAGCCCAGAGCCGGAUGAGUGACGGGGAGGGGAGGAGGAUCCACAGGAAGAUGACGGAGAAGGGAGCUCUUGUUUAAAGCUGACAGCAAGGUGUUCUGAUAUAUGCUAUAGAAAGUGAAAACACAGCUGGUCAACAAAAUCUUAAUAUUCAAAUCUGAAAUAAAUCAUUGAAGACUCAA